AGAGGCCCUGUCAGAACCAGGAUGUCCACAGAUUAUAGACGACUUGGGCGAGUUGGAGUACCUGGACACAGAGGAGGACAUGGAGGAACCAGAACCCCUGGAAUCAGAAGAUGAUCAGGAAUCAGAAGACCCAGAAUCUCCCCAGAAUAAAUCCAGAAAAUUGGAGUUCUGGACCCGACAUGACGAUGAGAGUCCACUGCUUAGGAAGGAGUUUGAUACCUUUGUGCCGCGACAUAGAGAGUUCAAUAGUGCAGAACCAUUGGGGAGUUCUGAAGACGACCCGGCAAACGUCCAAAUACCAGAACAGAACCGUGUUUAUCAGGAAGACGUUCCAACUGAGCCAGAAAGGUUCCUCAGUGUGGAUUCAAAGAAACCAGGGUUUCUGCAGAUUAAAGAGGAGCAGGAAGAAGUGAGUUCCCAGCAGUCGGAAGACUCAAAUGAACCCAAACCCUUUGUUUGUAAGACCUGUGGCAAAAAGUUCUCCAACAUGUUGCUGCUGCAAGACCACCGAGACACGCACCAGAACGAGAAGCCUUACUCCUGUGAGCUGUGUACGCGGCGCUUCGCCCGGCAGGACAGUGCCUUCCGCCAUAUGAUUACGCACACCGGUGAGAAGCCCUUCUCCUGUAAGAUCUGCGGGGAAAAGUUCGGCUUGAACAGUCACCUGGUGCGCCACCUGAGGCGGCACACGGGGGAGAAGCCUUUCUCCUGCCACAUCUGUCACAAGCGCUUUAGACAGAGCAACACCUUGACCUGUCACGUCAGAACUCACACAGGGGAAAAGCCCUACCCCUGCAGCGUGUGUGGGAAGGGCUUCAUCAGGAGGAGCUGUAUGAACAUCCACAUGAGGAUUCACACAGGAGAGAAGCCGUUUACCUGCAAAGUGUGUCACAAAACCUUCAGUCGAGGGACAGGGCUGAGCUUCCACAUGAAGACGCACACGGGGGAGAAGCCGUAUUCCUGCAAACUGUGUGGGAAAACCUUCAGACAACCAAGCCACCUGCGGUGCCACAAGAAGCGCUGCCAAAGGGUCUGACCUGCAGAAUGAAAACAUCUGGUUUUCUGAUCCUGUGCUGAAUGAGUUAAAAUAAACUGGACCUUAAAGCGGCUCUUCUGGGCCCAUUGAUACCAGGAGAACAUCGGACACUUCGUUAACCUACUGCAGGUGGCCCUUCUAUCGGUAGCAACAGCGUUAGCAUAUUUAACGCUUGUCAUGUCAAAAAAGAAGCACAGGAGAAAAGAGGAGUGAACUUGUGUUGGGGGUUGGGCCUUCCUAUGAUUAAAACACCUGCACACCCAUGUGUGGCAGUUUUGACAGA